UUUGCUAGGUGAGCGCACACUGCACUGAGUGAAGAGUCCUAAGAGUUGAGAAACACAGCGGAAGUGUUACUCCGUCAGGAGCAGCGAGAGUGCGUGCUGAAUUUAGCGGGGACUCAGGUGUCAUGAUGUGGGCUCGGUUGACGGUUGGAGCCGGGGCUUCGGGGCUCGGGUUGCGGGCUGCAGGGGACGGUUUGCUGCGGUUCGUUGGAGCUGGAUGUGCGGGGAGGAGGCAGCAACAGAGCCGGGCUGCCAGCACAGAGACUGCCUUGAAGAAGACUCCACUAUUUGACUUCCACAGGGAGCAGGGGGGAAAGAUGGUGGAGUUUGCAGGCUGGAGUAUGCCCGUUCAGUAUAAAGACAGUCACAUUGCCUCUCACAUGCACACCAGAGAGCACUGCUCCAUCUUUGAUGUCAGCCACAUGUUGCAGACCAACAUCCACGGCAAAGACAGGGUGAAGUUCAUGGAGUCACUGGUGGUUGCAGACAUCGCAGAACUCAAGGACAACCAGGGCACGUUGACCCUCUUCACUAAUGAGAAAGGUGGGAUUAUUGAUGACCUCAUUGUGACAAAGACGGACCAGGGCUACCUCUACGUUGUCUCCAACGCCGGCUGUGCUGACAAGGACUCUGCUCAUAUGAAGGCCAGACUGGCAGAGUUCAAAUAUGCAGGUUUUGAUGUGGAUCUGGAGUUUCUUGAUUGCGCACUGAUUGCUGUGCAAGGUCCCACUAUGUCUCAGGUGCUCCAGGCGGGAUUGAAGGAGGACCUCAGUAAGCUAACUUUCAUGACCUCUGUCCUGGCCACGGUGUUCGGUGUCCCUGACUGCAGAGUAACUCGAUGUGGAUACACUGGAGAGGACGGGGUGGAGAUCUCCGUCCCUGAGUCCAGAGUGGUGGAGCUGACGGAGAAGCUACUGACCAACAGUGAGGUGAAGCUGGCCGGGCUGGGAGCUAGGGACAGCCUACGACUGGAGGCGGGGCUUUGUCUUUAUGGCAAUGACAUCGAUGAGACCACUACACCUGUGGAGGCCACGCUUGUCUGGACCAUAGGAAAGCGCAGACGCCAGGCCAAAGAUUUCCCCGGUGCUGACAUCAUCGUACCUCAGAUCAAAGCCAAGACAGCCAGGAAGAGAGUGGGUCUGGUGUCCACCGGCCCCCCAGUCCGGCAGCACACGCCUAUUCUCAGCCCUGAUGGAAAGGUCAUAGGUGAGGUGACCAGCGGCUGCCCCUCUCCCUGCCUGAAAAAGAACAUUGCCAUGGGUUACGUGGAUGCAGCGUUCGCCAAAAAUGGAACAGCCAUCCAGGUCGAGGUCAGGAAAAAGGCAGUGCCGGCCACCGUCAGCAAGAUGCCCUUUGUACCCACCAAGUACUAUACUGGUUAGGAGAGACACUUGUAUGGCGAGUAUAGGUGCUGCUGAGCGUUCCUUCAAACGAUCCCGUAUUUGCCAGCACUGCCCCCUCAUUCUUAGCCCACAAUUUAAAAUGUACAAAUCUUCACUGGUGAGUCCAAGAGAGGAAAAAUUGGUCCAAAGAUUACUACUGACUAUUGAUCGGUCACUGUAACGCACAAAUAUAUGAAGUUUAAAGUAGUCACAGUGUUCAUAUUCAGAGUCACCAGGGCUGCUGCUUUGAGGAUGGACAUUAUAGGAGCUCAUGUAGAAAACAGGGUGUCCAGAUGACCCUCUUUAUAAUGGACUGCAAAGCAUUUUUAUCCCUUGUCCCCCCGUCCCAUAUAUUAAGAGUGUGUCCCACAUUUUGACUGGCUCUGCAGGAUGUGCACGUCUAUAAAGUCUGGCUUUUAAUCAAACUAUCUGAAGACAGCAGGGAAGGCCUUGUCUUAUAUUCAAGUUGAAGUUAGUCCCACGUAGAGUCAUGUAGCUCUGCCCAUCAGGGAAAGAUGAUUUUCGUAAAUGUGAUGGAAACUGCCACAAAGAAAAUUAUUACGUUAAACUGGGAAAUUCAAUUUUUGUCCAGCUAAAAAGUUCCACACCGUCUCGUUUUUUGGAAUCUGGUCACCCUACAUAGAAAGACUUUACACAGACUGCCAGUCCUUAUUUAAUAAUUCAGUAUUAUGCAUGCAUCUGGUUAAGAAAUUCAUGGUGCACUAACAUGGGUUCCCCUGCGGAUGAUGGGGCUGAGAAAUUGUUCACGUUGUUCCGAGACCAAGUUGUUUUUUUUGUUUGUUUAAUGAAAUACUUUGCCGCGCUUUUAUUUUUCCAGUGGGAGUAACAAAGAUGUAAACACUAGCAUUUCACUUUUUAUUGCUAACAAAACAUGAAAUCGUUUCAGUUUGUCACUGUUGGACCAAAACAGAAACUGCACACGACACAUUUCUCUUUUUAAGGUUUUCUGAAUGUCAUAAACCAAAUUUCCAGUGACCAUGGUUUUAUAAAAUGCCUGAUUUGUAAACAGGGGCGACUUAUUGUCCUUCCAUGCAAAAUGUCUCUGUCUGAAGUGUUGUAGUUGUGUUUGUGGUAUUGAGUUUUUUAUGUUCACUUUCUUUUUUUACUCUUGGUUUGGUGAUUCAUAAAGAAAUCAUAAGAUAAAAACACUUUGCACCUGGGCAACAUGUGGUAGAAGACUAACUUGAAAAGAUGUUAAUUGUAAUUAUUUUCUGUUUUCUGUCUGCUUCUAAUGAAAUCUUAAUUAUCAAAUGGUACACUGGCUUAUGACUUAUGUAUGUCUUUCCAAACUACUGACUCUUAGGUUCUCUUGAAUAUUUGCUGUAUGUGAGUUUGUACUAAUAAUUGGACUAAUUGUGGAGUUUUUGUAAACAUUUUCUAUUGAUAUGAGGUCUUUUCUUCAAUAAAGGUGAUUUUGUUCAGUC